UGAUAUAGCAGAGCAGGCGCCAAAAAUAUUAUUGUGAAUAAAUAGAAGUGAUUUAAAAAUUUAUAAAAUAAUGCAAUCAAUUAAAAUUGAAAAUGAAUACAUCAGCUCUAUGACUGCGCUGGCAAGUAUCGUUCAGCAUGACAGCACUAUUGUGAAGAUUGAAAACGUUGACGAUGAACAAAAUAACGCUGAGGACUAUAACUCACUUCACACAAUAACCGUCAAACAGGAAAAUGAUAAACUUGAAUACGAUAUUUCGACAGAUGCUAAUUCAGAAGACGCUUCGUUUCAAACGAAAUUUGAAUGUGAAGAAACGGUAAUUGGCAUUCCAACAAGUGAAACGUCUGCCAGUAAUAGCCAAAAGAGGCAUCUACAAGAUAAUACGGAUCCAAAUAGUAAACUAUCUAAACUUACGUUUCCUGAAAAAUGCCAACAAUGCUCGCAAGCCUUUGGAAGCUAUUCGGAUUAUAAGCAACACUCACGCUUUCAUGAGGGCAACCGUUCGCACCAAUGUCAUUACGAAGGCUGCAAUCAAACCUUCAGAACGUCCAAUCUUCUACUGAGACACAUUACGGUUAGGCAUUACAGAACCUACAGGUGCAACAUAUGCGAUCAAAGGUUCCAGUUUUCCAAAGAAUAUGAACUUCAUCGUAGCAUAUGGCAUCCGAAGACGUCCUCUUGUUCCGCGUCCAAGAAAGAUCUAAGCAAAGGUCACAAAGCGGAACACUUCGAGGAAGAAGAUGAUGACGAUGAAUCUGAAACGGAUGGAAGCGAUCAAGAAGAGUCCGACUCUGAAACGGAAGAGUACACCAACUCCAGUGGAACAGAGCAUCGACUGCACGCGAAUCGGCACAAGGGCCUCAAGCCGUACAAGUGUUCCGAUUGUGGUCUGGGUUUUGCUAGGAAGUAUAACCGCGACCGGCAUGUGCGGUUGGAUGGUUGCGUCGAGAUGGUCCUGUGCUGCGUGAAUUGCGAUGAAGAGUUCGACAGCGCACCGAAACUGGCCCAGCACCAACAAAUGAAUCUGUGUCCGGGAAAAAAAGCCUAGCACCUAUGGAGAGUCAGAUUAGUUAGUUGAAUUAGUCGAUAAGUUGAACAGAACAACAGAAAGUUGAACUGUUAACAAAGAAUUUUAUUUUUGAAAUUCGUAUUCUCGCAAAAGAUCAAUUAAACCCAACCAAAGCGAGCUCCUUUCUUUUUCCAUCAUCAAUAUUCAAAAGAAUAAAAAUUGAAAAAUUAAAUAGAAAAGACUCACUAAAACGUGAACUGAUUUCAACGAUUUGUUGUCUGUGCUGUUGCCAUAAAAACAUGACCAUAAAUGCAGAGACGACUCAAAAGCCAAAACAGAUGCUUCUCAUGUUCCUGUAUGUGUGUGUGCGCCAUCCAAUAUUGCAGGUAAUGAAAGCGAAGCAGUGUGGUGUUUAUAUCUGCACAAAAACAACCAUUCCAAUAACAGACAUCGAAUCAAUCCAUUCGAUUGUCGAUGAAAUUAUAAAACAGAUUUAAAUAUUGAUGAUGGAUACAAAAAAAUGCGUUACCACCAUCGAAACGGACAAUAGCUCCGAAAUAGGGAUCAAAGAUAUCAAACAUGAAAUCGAGACUAAAGAUGAGUACAACAGCGAUCUUCCUGCAUCGGCAAAAAUUAAGCAAGAAACCCCUGAAAUUGAUGACUAUGCAACGAAAUUCAAGUCUGGUGAAACCUCACUCGAAACCAAAAUCGAGUACGAUGAAACAAUGGUUAAUAUUUCCAAAAAAGCAACAAAAGUACAAACGAAAGUGAAACCAAAGCAAAACUCAUAUUUGAAGAGUACAAGAGACGAAGCUAAUCAGCGCCACCAGUGUGGGAAAUAUUACCAAAAGUUUAGCACCUAUUUAGAGCUUCUGCACCAAAAUCACGAUUACGAGACCGUUCGGAUCUACCACUGCGGUUACGAAAGCUGCACUCAAACCUUCAAAACGGCCAACUUUCUGUUGAGACACAUUCAAGUGAGGCAUGGCAGCUGCCGCAAGGCCUUCGCUUGUGGUCUUUGUGGUCAAAAAUUUGAAUCCGUCGUAGAUUUUGAACGUCACCGUGACUCCCAACAUCAGAACCGAUUACUGUGUAACAUAUGCGAGAAAUCGUUCCAGAGCGAGAAAGAUGUAGUCGAACAUUACAAAACUGGGCAUGGAGGGUCCACAGAGCCAAUCAAACCGCUGCCAAAGAAUGUCAUUUCCACACCGUACGAGAGAGCGAAUCUUAUGAAGAAGGACGCACAGAUAUACAUUUGCCAAAUCUGUUCGAAUGAAUUUCUAGAUGUAGCACUGGCUAAACAUCACGUGAACCACGACCAUGCAAAUGUAAAAAGGCGCAGCUGCGAUAAAUGUGGUCGAACGUUUAGGCGUAGGGCAGGAAUGGUCCGACAUUCUCAAAUAAGCCAGAGUUGCGGAGAACCAGCUGCGAUCCCCAGAAAAUACGUUUGUAAAUUUUGCGACAAGGCAUUCCAACAAGAGGCCGUUCUGAAACGGCAUUCGGCCCUUCAUGCCGACCAGGAUCCCGACUUCAAGGGACACAUCUGCGACCUCUGUGGAAAGGCCUUCACUCUGUAUAAGCACUAUCAAGAGCAUAAGGACCGUCACGAAAAGAUACGGCCGUUCCAGUGCCCCGACUGUGGCAAAGGUUUUUUCGACAGAUCCGCUCGAAACCGGCACGAGCGGACAGGCGUGUGCCCGAACCAGAUGGUACUCUGCUGCGUGGAUUGCGACGAGGAAUUUGGCAGCGUGCUGAAAUUGGCCGAGCACGUGUGUCCGGGUACGCGGAAGGCGGAUGAUGGAGGCCCGACUACUGCUAACUAGUAUUAGUUAACUGAUUUAUUGUAAUUCAAAAGAUAGAAUUGAAUAAAAACGUCAAGUUAAA